CGGUGUUAUCCGGGUUCUUGACGGACGCACAAAACUCACCUGGUUGACUGGACUCCGGUUUGAUUUCACGUUCGUUUCUUGACCCAAUUCUCGCAAAUCUCGAUAGUGUCGCGUCGGCAAGUUGCGCGAUUCGACUCCACUAAACCGUUGCGCAAUCGGGCGGUGUCGGGACUGCCCCUCCAAGACCAAUAAAUCCAAUCACGUAGCAAGAGAAACUACAGACGAGUCCCGCAAUGAAUUGCCCCUCACGCACCGACGAUACCUUGGAACACCCGGACUGGAAUCAAAAUCCUUCAGCUCUGAGUGCGGAUACCACCACUCGCAAUGACUUCAAUAGCAUCGCCAAUGCGAGACUUCACAGGAGACAUGCCCCCGGGAUGAUGGGGGACCAGGAGGAUGAGAUCAGGGCGUUGCAGUCGACAACACACUGUUUCGAAGCGGACAGACCGGGGCCCGAAAAGACCCCCGGCGAGAUGAUCUCGGCCACCUCUGGGAGUGAACCACCCCAGAGGAACAGCCGAUCAUCUCGCCGUUCUUGCAACGAAUCUCUAAUCUCAUCCUUUGUCCGGUAUCUCGCCCGCAGCAUCGCCAAAUUUGGCCGAUUUGUGGGUCCGGGUUUCCUGAUCGCCGUCGCCUACAUUGACCCCGGAAACUACUCCACCGACGUGGCGGCGGGUGCCGAAUUUCGAUAUGCCCUUCUCUUCAUCGUGCUCCUGUCGAAUCUCUUCGCUAUCUUCUUGCAGUCGUUGUGCAUCAAGCUGGGCACGGUCACCGGGCUGAAUCUGGCAGAAAACUGCCGCGAACACCUGCCCAAGUGGUUGGUGAUCAUUCUUUACAUCUUCUCCGAAGCUGCCAUUGUGGCGACAGAUAUUGCAGAAGUGGUUGGCUCGGCUAUUGCGCUCAAUCUACUUCUGAAAAUCCCUCUGGUGGCCGGUUGUGCUAUUACGCUGGCGGAUGUCCUCUUCAUCCUCAUCUUCUACCGGCCCAAUGGUGCCAUGUGGGGGUUGCGUUUGUUUGAAUUCUUUGUCAUGGCUCUGGUGUUGGGGGUAGUCAUCUGUUUUUGCAUCCAGCUCUCCCUCAUUAAGGAUCAGUCCGUGGGAAACGUCUUUCGAGGAUACGUGCCGUCGUCGGCGAUUGUGAAAUCGAAGGGGCUAUACCAAAGCUGUGGCAUUCUCGGUGCCACCGUCAUGCCUCACUCCAUGUUCCUCGGCAGCGGUGUCGUCCAAUCCCGACUGAAGGAAUUCGACGUCACAGAAGGCUACGUGGACCCGUCCGUCUGUCUAGGAAGUGUCGACGGAGAGGUCAAGUACAGACCGUCAAUCCAAGCAAUCCAAGGGUGCAUGAAAUACUCCAUCGUCGAGCUAACCUUGUCUCUCUUCACGUUUGCCCUCUUCGUGAACAGCGCCAUUCUCAUCGUCGCCGGUGCCUCCCUCUACGGCACGUCAGGAGCAGACGAUGCUGACCUCUGGGGCAUCCACCAUCUACUAUCCACCUCAAUCGCCCCAGCCGCCGGCCUAAUCUUCGCCCUGGCCUUGCUCCUCUCCGGCAUCUCUGCAGGAAUCGUCUGCACCAUGGCAGGGCAAAUGGUAAGCGAGGGCAUGCUGAAUUGGAGUAUGCGGCCCUGGCUUCGCCGACUCCUCACCAGAUCGAUCAGUAUCAUCCCCAGCAUCAUCAUCGCCGGGGCCGUCGGCAAAGACGGGCUCGACAAGACGCUCAACGCCAGUCAGGUGGUGCUGAGCGUCAUCCUGCCGUUCGUCACGGCGCCACUAGUCUACUUUACCUGCCGCAACCGCUACAUGACGGUCUCGGUCGAUAGAGUCAGCCACGGCGCGGACGAGCCGGCCGAGGGGGUAAAGAUGCGGAACGGCUGGCUGGUUUCUGCCGUUGCUGUAGUGGUCUGGGUGAUCAUUGUAGUUAUGAAUGUGGCAUUGCUGGUGUUGGUUGGAAUGGGGAAGGCUUAAAAGGUCUUACUGAAUAAGGGACAGAUCAGAAUGUGUCAAAUUGUAGUGUCCCUUGAAAACACACUGUGGAGCGGAACAUUGAUCAAUAAUAUGCUAGCAACGUCCGGUGUUCAAAACGUGCGCAUCAAGUCAAUU